UGGAGGUAAAACUCGGAUAAGUCGUCGACAUAAAAGCCUCACAAGAAAGUUAAAUUGGUGAAAGAAGUUCUCGGAAAACGUGAUUGUAUUAAAGGUAAACAGUAGUGCGUCACAGUCACCGAAGGUGCUGUAAGACAGUGAAUUCGAGCCUGCGUUCACCCGUAGUACGGCAUUUAUAGAAAAGGCGCACGCCCGUGUUUCACCGUAAGGUUUGGAGGAUCAGUGGCUCGCUCAGCUUCAGUGGCACAGUGCACGCACGAGGGAUCGAACAGAAGGAAACGAAACUUCUUCGUCUUCGAUAGUUUCCUUAUUCAAUUUCCGCAAUCUGUUCGAUUUAAAAAUAAAAAAAAAAAAAAUUAUUGAAAAGUGAAUUCCAUCAGUCUCCUCGUAGAAUUCGAACUAUAUUAGAAACGUUAAAUUUAAAAACUAUACAUUCGAAAAAUAUAUUAACUCCUCAACGAUUGAUGCGUCAAGUUUUCGAACCAGUUGUAUUUAAAACUAUAUCGUCGUAAGAGUUUCUUGUGAACGGUGUAUUGAUUCGUAAAAAUCGCCCGGUGUCCUCUAACUGGAGAGAAACCAUGGCUGACAAGAAUUAUUCUAAGGGAACAGGGAGUAUCAUGCUCCCUAUGCGAUACGUGAUGGCGAUCAUGGGUUCUAUUGGACUCGCCAUCAUUUAUGGGUUUAAGGUAAACGUAAGCGUAGCGAUUGUGGCUAUGGUAAACCACACUGCUGUAAAACUAUCCUCGAUGCAUGACUUACGAGUCGAGAAUACAACUGCGAUUACCGCGGAAGAGUGUCACCACGACAGUGUUUCUUCUGAUAUGGCAAAAGCUGUCGUCGAGGAUGGUCCGUUUGUAUGGAACGAACCAUUGCAAGGUCUUAUUUUAUCGUCCUACUUUUGGGGGUAUAUGGCGUCGUUGCUUCCGGGAGGAAGAAUGGCUGAACUAUUAUCCGCGAAAUGGGUGAUGAAUGGAUCCGUGCUUCUGAACGUCGUAGCGUCUAUACUAUCACCUGUUGCUGCCCAAAUCCACUACUCCCUCUUCAUCGUGAUGAGAGUCAUUCAGGGAAUCGGUGGAGGUGUAACAUUUCCUGCUAUGCAUGUCAUGGUCGCCAAGUGGGCUCCACCGAAUGAGAGAAGCGUUCUCGCCUCGAUCGUUUAUGCGGGUAAACAAUCACUUUCUAUUGCAAUAUGUGUCUUCUUCUUUCGCUAUAGAAGUAAACAUUUGCUUGCUACAGGAACCGCGUUAGGUACUGUGAUUUCUAUACUUCUGACGGGUAUACUAGCCGCAAAUCUCAAUUGGACAUGGAUAUUCUACAUAGAAGGAGCACUUUGCUUAAUUUGGUGCACUGUCUGGUGGAUAUUGAUCGAAGACAGCCCGGAAGAACAAACGAAGUUUAUUACCCAAGAAGAGAAGGACUACAUCAUGCAGUCUUUGGGCCACAGUAAAAAUGUCAUUGAAAAAAAAGAGAGAUUAGCGGUUCCGUGGGGGGAAGUCCUAAGGUCUAAGCCAUUUAUGGCUAUUUUAAUAGCACACUUCUGUAGCAAUUUUGGUUGGUACAUGUUGCUUAUCGAGCUGCCUACAUUUAUGAAUCAGAUUUUAAAAUUCGACAUGAGCUCGAACGCUGGUCUCUCUUCCAUGCCAUUCUUAUGCAUGUGGAUUUUCACUAUGAUUCUUAGUAAGGUACUAGCCGUUAUGCAGAGUAAAGAAUGGAUCACGGUAACAACGUCGAGAAAAAUUGGGACACUCUUUUCAUCUAUAGUACCCAUGAUCUGCUUAAUAGGAGUAUCUUAUGUUGGCUGUAAUCGAAUAUUAGCUGUCGCAUUAAUGACAAUUGGAGUAACUUGUAUCGGUGGAAUGUAUAGUGGAUUCUUAUCGAAUCAUAUCGAUAUUGCUCCAAAUUUUGCUGGUACACUCGUUGCUAUUACAAAUUGUGUCGCUACUAUUCCUGGAUUUGUAGUGCCGAUAUUUGUAGGAAAAUUGACGCACGGAAAUGUGAGUAAUUGUAUCAGCGUCUUAUUAUUUAUCCAUUCAAAUCUGAAUGCACAAGAAUAUUUUAAAUAUAAUAACACUUUAUUCGUUGACUAUUUUAUAUAUUUCUAUUUACAGCAAACUAUAGGAGCCUGGCGAAUCAUAUUUUUCGCGACUGUCGGAUUGUACAUAGUUGAAACGAUAGUUUACACUAUUUUUGGAAGCGGUGAAGAGCAGCCCUGGAACAAAACUAAACCAACCGACGAAGAAGCAAGCGAUCAGACAUUAUCUUUAAAAGACGAUACUAGGAUGUAAAUUUAAUUUAUGCAUAGAACGACUUGAAACAA